UUUUGGUGCCUGUGUUUAUUUCACUGUUGCUGCUGGCGCAUAUGGACACAAUCCUUCACACGACAGACAAUGCAAGAUCCGACAACGAUGCAACGGUUCCGAGCAACAUGAAGACAGUGCUUAUAGGAGCUCUACCACCCAUGCAGGGACUACAAGUAUUAUACGACUUCGUCACAGGGGAGGAAGAGACAUUGCUCAUUCAACAGCUCGAUCGUUGCCAUUGGGCAGGCAAGGGCAUCGAGCCUAAUCCAGAAAUGAAGCGAAGACAUCAGCACUAUGGCGGCGUAUUCAGCUAUCGACUCCGAAGAGUUGUGGGAGAUAUGGAGCCGUUGCCGAGUAUGUUCGACUUCUUGACGCGACGGCUACUGAACCAAAGGAUCUAUUCUCAGAGCCCCAACAGUAUUAUUGUGAACGAGUACGAGGCUGGACAGGGGAUCAUGCCACAUGUAGAUGCGCCCAAGUUGUUUGGAUCGACGAUCACAGCGCUCUCGCUACUCUCGGACUGUAUCAUGAGCUUUCAACAUGUCAAAGAAGCCGAUCUCAUUUAUCGGAUCUAUUUGCCAAGGCGGUCCCUUGUGGUCAUGAACGGAUCCUGCCGAUAUGAUUACAAGCAUAGCAUCUCGAAGGAUCUGGUAGAAUAUGUCGACGGACUGGAGAUUGUCAGGACAAGGCGUGUCAGCAUCACGUACCGGGAUAUGCUUGUGGACGAUAAGAAUGCUACCGAGGAUGGAACCAAAUCAAUGUCGUGCCGUAGUUCCUGUGGCAGAACGUGUAAUAAUACCACUAGUGGCAGCACCACCAUUGGCAAGUGAGUACUUGGCCUCGUCUUCAAUAAAUAAAGUGUGCAUCAUCCAAACUCAAUUAUCCCCGAU